UUCGUUUCGCCCGUAGAGCCUUACCAAUCGCACACAUUCACAAAAAAAUAGGAUUCGGCGCCCUUCUAAGGGGUUAGCUACUUACAUCUAUUCGGCGUCUAUCUUUGGGGCGAUGCACUGGGACAGAAAAAAUGACUAGUCCUAACGCAGAAGGUGAACAAAUAUCUUGACGUCGACACUUCCGCAUCUAAUAACCUCUGUUCGAUGAACAUGAAACUGAAAGUUAACCAUAGAAGCUAGCAGCAGAACGAUGAGUUAUUUUCAUUUUGCCACCAACUACAGCGCAGCGCCGAUGCUGCAGGACGGACGUGGCGCCUACGCACACGACACUGACCCUUCGCGUUAUUUACUGCCACACUACAAGAACACGACCAAGAGGAUAAAGACGGAUUUUUUCCUCAGCGCGAUCGGGGGCGUGAUGGAGAGUGCGGCAGCAACGACCAAGAGCAUCGGCAAGAAGAUGAACAAGCUGUACGAGUUUGCUUCGGCCGACUUGAGCGGUGAAGAUGAAGAGGAGGAAAUCAAGGUCGACCUGAAGGAGCCGCUCGUGCAAGUCACGCACGGGCACCCGGUUCCCGUGGACGACUUGCAGCUGAAAAAGCCGCGAAUCGACUACGAGCUGGACCUGGUCCGCAGUCACCAGGCGAUGGUGGCUGAUUUGUUUCGCACCUUGGAGGAAAGCACCGCGGCGCUGCAACCAGGAGACCACCACGACAGCACCGAGGCGGUAGGCGGAGAUGACCAAACUUCCGACGGCGCAGGAGGGGAUCAAACACAAACUCCGCCUCCUCCCGAGCCGGUUCCCGGCGAAACCAAGCGGGAAUUUGCAAGGAACUCACGAGAGGCGGUGGAGAAACUAAUGGACACCACGAAGAAGUUCGAGAAACCGCUGGUGCGCGCGUACCUGCCGGAAGCGUACCCAGAGUCUGUGUUCGACGUGCGGCCCAUGGAGCGACUGGAGAAGCGAUUUGGCGAGUGGGUCUCGGAUCAGGAAAAUUGGGCGGGCAUGUCAGCCGAGGAGAAGACGCAGGCGGCGAAACAAAAUUUGAAGGAAAAGCAGGAAGCAGCAGCUGCCGCGGCGAAAGGAGAGCAUCAAGUUGGGGGCGCAAAGAAAGCAGCGACGGGUGAUGAUGUUCCUGUGACUCCUCCUCCUUCUCGUACCGCCAGCAGUGGAGAGGAAAAAGCAACUGUGGACAAAGAUGAAGACCAUUUGAAGCGUGCGUUGCGAUCUCUUCGUGCCCUGCGCGAAACCGCGCUCGGCGCGGACACGGGACUGCGACAGCAGAUCCGCAUGGCCCGGCUCAAGCACUAUCAACUGUAAAAAUGUCUGGGUCUGGAAGAUUCUGACACUUGUCGUGCACGUUUUGCAUGAGCCAUGAUGUCUGCGAUCCAUUCCCUAGCAAUACAGAUUUUUUGAGGGAUUCUUGAUGCCUAUUCCGCACGACAAACACCUUCUCAGCGUAGCAAAAAUUGCAUUCCCUUUGCUACUCAUGCAAUACAGAUUUUUUUGGAAUCCAAAUGUAGCAUCACAAGUUGCAUUCUUCCAGACCCAGACAUGUUUGCAUUUGAUAAGCACGCCGCGACCACGAAAGACGUCGGGAUCGAAGACCAAAUAUCAAAAGGAAAAUCUUCCCUCCCCAUAUCAAAACGAAGUUUCUGAUGCUGGAUUUGAGUACACAAAUCAGAUUUGUCUUGCUGGAGAGGACUGCAGAGGACCCAUGAAUAACGUCCGUGCUGUAGGCCCCACAGCAUGACAAACCGCCCGCAUAAUGCGGCGGAGCCGGUGGAAUUGCCGUCUUGCAAGACAGACGCGAUUUGUGGGCACAAAUCAGCAACGCAAAUUUUCGAAAACCUACCACGUCAAUAUGGGGAGGGUGGAUUUUUCCUUGCGAUACCAAAGAUCCGCGAUCGACGCGGCAAGCGAUUUCAUGUCGGACUGCCGACGGCACCAAAGGAUGUUCCAAGUCAAACGCACCCGACAAACGGACGCGUUCGAGCACUUUUACCAGUCUUUGAAAACCCGGCUCACCGAUUCGGACGCGGACAAGGAAAAACUGGGAAAGGCGAUCGACGACGAGAUCGACCGCAUGGAGCGGAACAUGCCACGGGUGGAGCGGGCAGAUAGAAUGGUGGUUGAAGACUUGCGCCGCAUUCGCCAGCUGGCAACCGAUGCGGCGACGUUUUUGUAGAUGGUUCCUUGGUUGUACCCGUAGCAUGCAGAAGUGCAUGAUCGAGGAUGAAUAUGAACAAACAGAAACGCGGGCGUUUUGACGAGAAAGCUAGGUUGCGAAUUGGACAGUUUCGUUUCACGCUUGAAUGAACCGUUUCCACCACUGUUUCCACGGUCCGAAAGGAAAAUUAGCUACUAGAAAGAGAAACGGCGCGAGCAC